AAUAAAAUAAAAUAAUGAAUAGCUAAGCCCUAGAAGCCACGAAAACCUAGAGUGUGAAAGACUAUAAGGCACAACAUAAAUUGGAGGACAGAAAGAAGAGAGUGUAACAAUAUAAAGAAAAGUACCCAGAAAUGACACCAAUGGUUGUUUAAAAGCAUCCAAAAGCCAAGAUUAUGUCAUUAACAAGACCUUAGUAUUUAGUUUGAAUAAAAUAGAUUCUUGGUGAAUUAAACUGUCAAAUUUUCUGAGUUUAAAAACUAAAUCAGAACUAAACUCUAAUUAUCACCUUAAUAAACAUUGUUUUUCUAUUGUGGAAAUAACAUAAUAUCCGAUGGUAAUUUUUCUUAUUAAAAAUAGACAUUUCACUUCAAGAAUUAUAUAAUAAAUAUAAAGAUAGAGAAGAUGAAUUUCUAUAUUUGAAUUAUUCUGAUUGCGAAGUAUUUGGAAAUUAAAUUGAUUGA